AAUGGAUGGCUAACACGAUUCAUCAAUUGACGCCGGCUAGACGUCUACGAAAGCCAUUGUACACUACUUUUGCACAAUGGGUAAUAGAUUCGUGGGAUGAGGUUGACCUUUGCUUAAUCUAUAAUCUGGCAGACGAAAACAAUGAGAAUUCCGAAGUAGUGGGUCUUGAUAUUAAUAGUGAAGAAUAUGAAGAAGUUGAUGACAUUAAUAAU